ACAAGAAUGUUUGAGGAGUAAAACAUCCAAAAGUUUGAAGAGUAAAACAUCCUAAAGUUCAGAGUGAAAGAUCAGAAAGUUUGAGUAGUGCAACAUUAGAAAGUUUGAAGAGUGAAACAUCUGAAAGUGUUAGGAGUGAAAGAUCAAAACGUUUGAGGAGAGAAAGAAAGUUUGAUGAGUGAAACAUCAAAACGUUUGAGGAGUGAAACGUCAGAAAUUGUGUUAUGAGUGAAAGAUCAGAAAGUGUGUUGGGAGUGAAACAUCAGAAAGUUUGAGUGAAAUAUCAGAAGUUGUGUUGGGAGUGAAACACCACAAAGUUUGAGGAGGGAAACAUCAGAAAGUUAGAGUGAAACAUCAGAACGUUUGAGGAGUGAAACAUCAGAUAUGGUGUAAUGAGUGAAAGAUGGGAGAAUCCCCGGGCAGUGUUGAGCAAGUGUGUGUCUGCAGUGACAUGUCAUCAUGACACAACAGUGUGUGUGUGCUGAGACGUCAGAAGGGUUAUGAGAAGUGAAACCUCAAUACACCAAAUACCAUCAAUACAUCUGAGAAAGUGAAAGUGGUCACAAUGUGUGUGUGAGAAGUGAGACACAUCGGCAGGAGUGAGACAUCAUACGUAGUGAAAGGUCUGUAGGUUCCUCGGUGGAGUCAGACUUCAUUCCGCCAAGAAGAUGUCAAGGGAUACGAUGCCAGCAAGAGGAUCCAUUAGUGUGCGACAAAAGUAAGACGUCUGAGGUUUUAGUGCGGAUGAGGAAGACAUCAGAAAUCCUGGGAGAGAAGUAAGAGGUGAUAAAAGUCCGAGGCACACUUACAGUGAAAUGUGUCCAGAAGAGGAAGAGUGGAGUGUGUCGCCCUCCGAUCGUGUUAGCAUGACUGGAUCAACAGGUUAUUUAGAGAACACAACGCACGCUCACACACUUCAACACACUUCACUCACGCUGACUGGGGACGGGGUGGAGUUUGCUUGAGCACACACAUGCACACACGCACACACACACACACACACACACACACACACACACACACUAUUACAGUCUGCAGUCCAUUCAAAUGCCAGAGGGGUUUGUUUAUAAAGUGGGACAGUGUCCACCACCUUAGUGGAUGUCAAUCACUCAGGUCAAAGAUGUUCUUUAAUUCAUCCUCUCAUGUUGUCCUAUACAGUAACUCUGUCCUAUAUUGCUACAUUAUAUCGUCCUAUACCUGCGAUGAAGUGACGACUUGUCCAGGGUGUACUCCGCCUUCCGCUCGAAUGCAGCUCAGAUAGGCUCCAGCGACCCCAAAAUGGACAAGCGGUAGAAAAUGAAUGGAUGGAUGUCGUCCUAUACAUCCUAUACCUGCGAUGAGGUAGCGACUUGUCCAGGGUGUAACCCCGCCUUCCGCCCGGAUGCAGCUGAGAUAGGCUACAGCGACCCCAAAAGGGACAAGCGGUAGAAAAUGGAUGGAUGGAUGUCGUCCUUGUGAACGACUCACGCUGUCGUCGUGCGGGUUCCAUGGACCACUCAGGAAGGACAUGAUUGUGCAGCUGAAGCAGGCAGAGGAGGAGUGAUGUGACACCUGGAAAGGCAGACCUUCCUGGGGAUGAUGAGGGAAGCAGCGGGACGACCUCCCAGGAUGCGUCCGGAAGCGCGUCCGUCUCCGCUGUGAGAUGCCUGCUGGCAGCGUCCCGCCAUAGUCCACACGCGCAGGAGGCCCGACUGGGGAGACGUGGAGGCGCCUGGGGGAAGACGGGUGGAUCUUUGUGGCGGCGGGCGCGAGAGGGAUGCUGUGAAAGAUGAAGGUGGACGUACUGACGUGUCUAACGGUGGCCGCCGCGAGCCUCGUCGCCAUGGUGACCGGGGGCCGCAGCUCAGGGCGCAGGAGGCACAAGGAGGUCUUCCACGGGGAAAACAGCAAGUUCAAGUUUGGAGGACGGAUCGACUACAAGUUGAAGAAGCAGGACAGCACCAAAACACUGCUGAUAAAAAGUGAACAGCUGCUGAGGAUUGAGGAGCACGACUUUGCCAUGAGACCUGGCUUUGGAGGAUCGGCCAUCCCCGUGGGCAUCGACGUGCAGGUGGAGAGCAUCGACAGCAUCUCUGAAGUCAACAUGGAUUUCACCAUGACCCUGUACCUGCGCCACUACUGGAAAGACGAGCGCCUGGCCUUCCCGUCCCGCACCAACCAGAGCAGGACCUUCGACUCGCGGCUGGUGAAGAAGAUCUGGGUCCCGGACGUCUUCUUCGCCCACUCCAAGCGCUCCUUCAUCCACGACACCACCAUGGAGAACAUCAUGCUGCGCGUCUACCCCGACGGGAACAUCCUCUACAGCGUCAGGGUGACAGUGACCGCUCUGUGCUCCAUGGACUUCAGCAGCUUCCCUCUGGACACACAGAACUGCUCGCUGGAGCUGGAGAGCUAUGCGUACAACGAGAACGAUUUGAUGCUCUAUUGGAAGAACGGGAACGACUCGCUGAGGACCGACGAGAUCGUCUUGUCUCAGUUCUUCAUCGAGCAUUUCCACCCCUCCAGCGGCCUGGCCUUCUACAGCAGCACAGGAUGGUACAAUCGUCUGUUCAUCAACUUCAUCCUGCGGAGGCACAUCUUCUUCUUCAUGCUCCAGACCUACUUCCCCACCAUGCUGAUGGUGGUCCUGUCCUGGGUGUCCUUCUGGAUCGACCGCAGGGCCGUCCCCGCUCGCGUCUCCCUAGGCAUGACCACCGUGCUCACCAUGUCCACCAUCAUCACCGGAGUGUCGUCCUCCAUGCCUCAGGUGUCCUACGUGAAGGCGGUGGACAUUUACCUGUGGACCAGCUUCCUGUUUGUCUUCCUGUCCGUCAUCGAGUACGCGGCGGUGAACUACUGCACCACCCUGGAGGAGAUGAGGAAGAUGAGGCGGGGAAAGCUCCCGUCCACCUUCAACGCCAGCCAGGCCAUGGCCUUCGACGGCUGUUUCCACGACGACGAGCUGGAGCUGACACCGUUCCCCCGCCUGGCUCAGGCCCCGACCUCUGACCCCCUCACGGCGCCCUCGCCGCUGCACAACACACGCCCCCCGGCGGGGACCCGCCUGCACCGGCAGCGCUCGGUGCGGGAGAACGUGGACCUCCUGGUGAGCAACAGCUACAUGAUCGACUCGUACUCCCGCCUGGCCUUCCCGCUGUCCUACCUCCUCUUCAACACCAUCUACUGGGGCCUCUACUCCUGAGCUGGACAACCUGGAGAUUACACCUAACAGAGAUUUCAAAGUGGAUCUUCAGACUCUGAGGCGGACGCUAAGCCUGAGGUCACCAUGCCAACCAGACUACACUACACGUCAUUUUUGGUCAUACUUGAAUAUUCUCAUGUUGAGGGGCAAUUACGCAGCUAAAAUAAACCUACUUUUUCAAAGAAUUUUAAUUCUUAUCACAUUCUUCAAAGUGCUACUAAAAAAGGUGGCAUAUUUUAAAUAAACUCAGUUGGUAAAUACAAAACUUCAGCGAUAUCGUUUACGGCAGGGGUGCCCGCACUUUUUCUGCAGGCGAGCUACUUU